UCUUCACUUUUCCUCUCUGCCGAGUGGAGUGUCUGUGGAGACAGAGCAGGGAAGUGUGUGUGUGUGAGGAGUGUAGUGGCUGUCUGGACAUGUCAUAGUUCACUCUGGGAGCCUGAUCAAGCGGGUGGACGUGACAUUAUGUCUAAGAUGAGGACCCAGUUUGGAAUUUUGCUUUUGUUGGCCCUGUGGGUGGUCCACUCUGAUGCUUGGUUCUGGUCCUGGACUGGUACUACAACUUUGCCCCCAACAGUGGACAAUGAAGGAUCUGGCAGUCCAGCAGGCAGUGGAGAACAACCAUCAGAGAAUCUUGCAAGAGUUGGAGCAGAGAUAAUUGAUGAAGGACAUGGGAUCCAAAAAGUUGUGCAGACUUGGGAUGAAUCCACUGAGGCUCCUCGACUAACCACUGUAACACAACCAGAGAAUAAACAUACAUCAGAAAAGGGAACAGCAAGAAUUUCGUCACGCAAACUUAAACCUGGUAAUGGCACAUCUUCACUAAAGGAAGACAAUGGAGUCUCCCUGCUACAGCUGAUUGGGGAUCCUCCUCCAAACGAGAUCACCCGGGUCUAUGGGCCCGACCUCAGUCCUGGAUAUGUUUUUGGCCCCGAUGCCAACACAGGCCAGCUGGCCCGUGCCCACCUGCCAAGCCCAUUCUACCGAGACUUUUCCCUCAUCUUCAACCUGAAACCCACCUCUAACAAGGGAGGUGUCAUCUUCUCCAUCACAGAUGCCUCACAGAAGAUCAUGUAUGUGGGUGUUAAACUGUCAGAUGUGCAGGGCGGCAAGCAGAAUGUCAUCCUGUAUUACACAGAACCCGACUCACAGCAGUCGUAUGAGGCGGCCAGGUUCCUUGUGCCCUCCAUGAGGGAUGUCUGGACUAGUUUUGCCAUCGCUGUGAGGGAUGACAAGGUGAUGUUCUACCUCAACUGUGACACAGACCCUCAGGUGAUGCGCAUUGAGAGAUCCCCGGAUGAGAUGGAGCUGGAGGCCGGUGCUGGGGUCUUUGUCGGGCAAGCUGGAGGAGCUGAUUCUGAAAAGUUUCUGGGGGUAAUCAGUGAGCUGAGGGUGGUGGGAGACCCCCGUGCUGCUGAGAGGCACUGUGAAGAAGAAGGAGAUGACUCAGAUGUGGCUUCAGGUGAAGGUAGUGGUGAUGAGGAAACCAGACCCCCAAAACCACCCGCCGAGAAACACAGAUGGACGACUACCACUCCAUCUUCCCGGCCCAUUCAGCAGCCACCACUGACCAGGAAAGAGGAGGUGUCAGUUACAAGACAAACAGGGGCAGCUGGGGCUAGAGGAGAAAAGGGUGACCGAGGGGAUAAAGGAGAGAAAGGAGACAGGGGUCCAAUUGGGCCGAAGGGAGAAUCUGGCUUUGGCUCCAGUUCACGGGGUGGAUCCCGUGGAGAGAAGGGAGAACCGGGAGAAAAGGGAGCAAAGGGUAAUGCAGGCUUUGGCUACCAAGGAACGAAGGGAGAGCCCGGCCUUCCUGGUCCUCCUGGUUCCCCCGGCCCUCCAGGGCCCGCAACUGAGUUUGCAGUCGGCGGUGAUGGCUCAGUUGCUUCCAGAGUCCCCGGACCCCGAGGGCCAGCUGGACCACCAGGUGCCCCAGGCCCCCAUGGACCACCUGGAGCUGAUGGAGAGCCAGGUGAUCCCGGUGAGGAUGGAAAAACUGGUCCUGAGGGACCUCCAGGCUUCCCAGGAACCCCAGGAGACAUUGGACCUAAAGGCGAUAAGGGAGACCGGGGAGAGGGUCAACCUGGCCCCAGGGGACCCCCAGGGCCUCCAGGACCUCCAGGACCAGGACUCAGAUCUACUUUUGUGGACAUGGAAGGCUCCGGUUUCCCUGAUUUGGAAACUAUUCGGGGACUUCCUGGCCUACCUGGUCCCCCUGGUCCCCCCGGUCCUCCUGGUCCCUCUACAGCAGGCACUGGAUCAAGUUCUGGGGCAUUUGGACCACCAGGAAAGGACGGAGCGCCUGGUCAACCUGGCUUGCCUGGUUUGCCGGGUACUGAUGGCCUCCCAGGACGUCCUGGUCUCAAUGGAGAAAAGGGUGAUGCAGGCGAGCUCGGUCUUCCAGGAGCAGUUGGAGAGAAGGGAAAUCAAGGAAACCCUGGUUUACCAGGAACACCAGGAGAGGCUGGACUGGCUGGUCUGCCUGGACCGAUGGGACCUGUUGGGCAACCUGGACCUCCCGGGCCUCCUGGACCGAGUUAUCGUGUUGGAUUUGACGACAUGGAAGGCUCUGGUGGAGUUUUCUCCAAUGGACUUCCUGGCGUCAGAGGACCAGAAGGAAGACAGGGUCCUCCUGGCUUGCCUGGACUUCCAGGGAAACCUGGUUUCCCUGGUCUACCAGGUCAGAAGGGCAAUGAAGGCUCUGUAGGAAAAGACGGACAGCCGGGAUUGGAUGGCUUCCCUGGACCUCAGGGACCAAAGGGUGACAGAGGUGACAAAGGAGAGAGGGGUGACCCAGGUCGAGAUGGAACCGGACACCCAGGUCCACCCGGCCCACCCGGCCCACCAGGACAAAUCAUCUACCAGACAUCUGGCAAUUCGGAUGGUGUCGUUGGCAGUGCCGGGCCUCAGGGAGGACCUGGUUUACCUGGUCAAGCUGGAUUCCCUGGCCCUAUUGGACCAAAGGGUGACAGAGGAGACCCCGGUCCUACAGGCUAUGGCGUGAAGGGUGAGAAAGGUGAGCCGGGCUUAGUAAUUGGACCCGAUGGAAGUCUUCUGUCUUUAGAAGGGCUAUCAGGUCUGAAGGGAGAGAGAGGACCUCCUGGACCUGUUGGACCCUCUGGCCAGUAUGGGCCUCCUGGAUUAAAGGGUGAAAUUGGAAUGCCUGGAAGACCCGGUCGCCCUGGUGUAAACGGAUACAAGGGUGAAAAAGGAGACCCAGCAGUUGGUUCUGGCUAUGGCUACCCAGGAGUCCCUGGCCAACCAGGACCACCCGGACCACCUGGACCCCCUGGGCCAGCCAUUCCCUUAGACCGCUUCAACCGCUAUGAUGACACUUUAAGGAAUUACCCAGAAAAUAAAGGGGAAAAAGGAGACCGUGGUGAUCCAGGACUUCCAGGAAUCCCAGGAACAUCCUCUAAUUUUGAUAUUUACACAUUCAAGAAUGAACUGAAGGGAGCACGUGGAGAAACAGGUGGGAAGGGAGAAAAGGGAGAGCCUGGUGGUGGUGGAUAUUAUGACCCACGUUUUGGAGGAGCACAAGGCCCACAAGGCCCAACUGGUAAACCAGGUCUGCCGGGUCCAAAGGGAGAUUCUGUAAUGGGCCCUCCUGGACCCCAGGGGCCACCAGGGCAGCCAGGGAUUGGUUACGAUGGACGUCCAGGUCCUCCUGGACCACCUGGACCUCCAGGGUCUCCCUCAUUUCCUGGAGCAUAUAGGCCCAAUAACCCUGUCAGUGUCCCUGGACCUCCUGGUCCUCCUGGUCCUCCUGGAAAUCCUGGUUCCUCCUCUGGGGUUACAGUUUUGAGAUCAUAUGACACAAUGAUUGCUACUGCCAGACGGCAGGCAGAGGGAAGCCUCAUCUACAUCAUAGACAAAGCAGACCUCUUUUUGAGAGUACGCGAUGGACUGCGGCAAGUCAUGCUUGGAGAGUACAGUCCCUUCUUCAGAGAUCUGGAGAACGAGCUGGCAGAGGCUCAGCCUCCCCCUGUGAUCCUUUACCCCCAGUCCCAGGACCAGUCCCAUAACAACGGAGCUGGUCGUUACUCCCAAGGCAGUUCUGCCAUACGUCCCAUUGAGCCUCCACCACACCCACCGGUAGACCCCAGAUACCCUGCACAGUAUGAUCCCAGAUUCCCAGACCCGAGACACACAGGUCAGACAGAUGGAAGAUUAUUAUCCACCCAGCAGACUGAGAACAGAUAUCCUGUCACUCCGCAGCGGCGACCCAACCCACCUAUACCACAGCCAGGUGGCCACGUGGAUCAUGCAUCAGGAUCAGGAUUACAUAUUAUUGCCUUGAACGCCCCUCAAACUGGUAACAUGCGAGGAAUUCGUGGGGCAGACUUCCUGUGCUUCCAGCAGGCCCGUGCUAUUGGCCUGAAGGGGACCUUCAGAGCUUUCCUGUCCUCCAAGCUUCAAGACCUCUACACCAUCGUCCGCAGGUCGGACAGAGACAGCUUCCCCAUCAUGAACCUCAAGGACCAAGUCUUGUUCGACAGCUGGGAGUCUAUCUUUGGUGAAAACGUGAGCAAAAUGAAGGAGAAUGUACCAAUCUACUCCUUUGAUGGUAGAGAUAUCCUCAGGGACAGCGCAUGGCCAGAGAAAAUGGUCUGGCAUGGAUCAACCAACAAAGGCCACCGGCAAACAGACCAAUACUGCGAAACAUGGCGGGCAGGCGACCGCGCUGUGACGGGUCUGGCAUCAUCACUACAGAGCGGCCACCUCCUGCAGCAAACCUCCAGUAGCUGCUCCGGCUCCUACAUCAUCCUCUGCAUCGAGAACGCCUUCACAUCACACUCCAAAAAAUAAAUCCCGUCCCUCACCCUUUUUUUGUUUUUGGCCCUAGUUAAACACAGUUUUAAUUCCCUGAUAACACGACUUGUGAACAUGUGGCGUCCAAUGAACUGGCCCUGUGGCUCUUUGCCUGGCAGAGACACUCCCCUCCAUAAACGCCAAAGAGAUGGGUCGAACGGAGGGGGUGUUGGUCCUUUUUCUCGGGGGCAUUGGCACAUAUUUUCUCCAAGGGGUGAAGCUAAAUGCGUUCUCAAAUUGUAUCCAUUUUUUUAAAAUUCUGUAUAUUACAUGUUUGUCCAAUGUUUUAUUUUUGUUUUUUUUUUGACGUUAUCAAUGUUUUACCUUUUGAACUGUUUAUAAUAAUGCUAUAUUCAUCCUGUUAUGUUUUUUUAUUUAGGUAUUGAUUGAUUUUUUCCAAUUUCAUUUUAGAAUUGUGGGUUAUGACGGGGUACAGCAAACUUUUAAAGACUAUUUUAAAUUUAAAGAAGAUAAUAGAUAUUUAUUUUUAAAUGAAGUUAUGUAAGGAUAAAAAAAAAGAUUUGGAAAAAAAAAGCUAAAUACCCUCAUUUAUAUUCUACACAGCACAGACCAUUUAAUUCUUUUCGAAUUAAGCUUCUGAUCAGAAACUGUGCCUUAUUACACAACCAGGACUGCUUUACAAAAUAAGCUCAUAUAGUGAAUCACUUCUUUUGUAUGCAUUAUUCUACAAAUAUGGAAAUGUUACAGUGUUUUCUUCUCAAGUGCAUUCAGAUGCUUCUACUUCACGCUAAAUUUAAAUGACCUUGUUGGACACAGACACUACUGUAAUGAAUAAUCCCACAUCCAGAAGGCAAGAUUCCUUGUAGCUGAAAUCGAGCCUUUUGAAUCUAAAAUGAUGAUUUUCCCUUUUACCACUUCAUAAAAACCUAUCAGUGAGAAAGCUGGAAAUGAUUAGUUUGCUGCUAAUCUUUGUUGGAGUGUUUGCUGUCACUGGUGUCAGGGACAGAAAAACCAGUAUGUUAAAGGAGACAGUUACAAUAGCCUUGCAUUGAAUUUCAGACUAACUUGGCCUUAGUGCUACUGAUGUCUUGACUGAACCUGUGGAUAUCCAUUUUUUAUAACACAUUGUGCUGUACUGUUUCUCCCAGGCACUGAAUAAAAGUCUUUUUCAACUACAACAAAAUGUGAU